AACGCGGCCAUUGUAAGUGAGUUGAGUCAGUGUCAAGUUUGGCAAGGUUUACGUGUGUUAGUCAGCUUCCUACAGUCACCUCUCUUACGUAAUUGUCUAUAUUUUUCCAGUAGGUAAACAGCAGCAAGAUGAGUAUCCAAUGGACCCUUAUUGCCGGUGUGAUGUACUCGGAGCUGGCUGUUACAGUUUUGCUCCUUAUACCAGUAAUCUCACCCACAAGAUGGCACUCCAUCUUCAAGUCUAGAUUUCUUCGAAGUAUUGGCAACAUGUCACAUAUUUACUUCAAAGUAUUUCUUGGAGUUCUCACUCUCUUUUUCUUAGAUGCCAUUCGUGAGAUGCGCAAGUACAGUACUGAACUGGCUGAGCAGACUCGAGGUGAUCAUGGCAUCCAUUUGGAUGCAGAAAUGCAGGCGCACAUGAGAUUGUUCCGAGCUCAGCGCAAUUUUUACAUCUCUGGAUUCUCUCUCUUCCUUUGGGUAGUGCUUCUACGCUUGACUACUCUCAUCUCACGUCUUGCUGUAGCCAUGGCUGAGGGACAAGCAGCACUUAAACAGGCUCAGUCUGCUUCUGCAACGGCUGCACAGCUUCUUAAACAGGAUAAAGCAGAAAAAGAAGAAGAUCAACAAAAGGAAGCAAAUGUUUCAAAUGAAAUUAAGGAAUUACAGGAAGAAAAACGGCAUCUUGAGGCAGAACGUGAUGCAGCCCUGAAACAAGCAAAGGCUAUUAGCCGUGAAUAUGAUCGAAUGCUGGAGGAGCACUCCAAGCUUCAGGCUGAACUCAAGAAAGCUACUAAUGGUGAGGAAUCCAAGAAAGAUGAUUGAGGUGUGCCAGCAGCAUUGUUGUAACUCAAACCUUGAGGACAUUCACAAUACAGUACAGUAUACUGUGCAAGGUAAAUAUUGCUUAGUCCAUGCAUAUACAGUGCUGUAUGUACUGUGCUGAAUAUUCCAAAUGGUAUUACAUGUCUGUGGAUAUGCUUAAAAGCAAUAUUAUUGACUUCUUAAUUUUUUAAUAGCUAAGAGAAUCUUAACAUGAUAAAGGAUAAAAAAGUUAUUUAAAAUGAAAAAUGAUUAUUGAUGAAUGCUACACUUAAGAACAGUUGAAAGUAUGAGAAAUUCACAUGCAUAAAGAGGUUAAAGAAAGGGAAAUGUUUGUGUUUGUGGGAUAUGUACUGCAUAGUAUUUGUAGUCCAUAUGAGUGUUUGUAGGUGCUAAUGCUAAGCAGGUUUUCUUAUGGGUCUAAGAUCAGCAGGUAUUUAUCUUGAAGUAAAUUCACUUUUUUAUGCAGAAAUGACCUGGUUAAUUAAACAAAAAUCUUGAAAAACCAAUAUUUCAUUAAUGCGGUACAGAUUUUUACAGUUUAGAGACUGCAGUGUUUCUGAAACGGUUGAUGCUUUAUGAUUGACUGCGUUAAAAGUCUGUAUUGGUAGUGUCUUGCAUGAUGAGGCUAACACAGUUAUCAGACUAAAUAGUAAUUAAUUAUCCAUGAUUUGAAGCGCUGUCGUUAGAAUGUUAAGUGUGUAGUUACCUACAUCAAAAUUUAUUCGUAAAUCCUAAAUACAGUUCAUACUGUACAUGCUUUUAUGUUGUAGCCUGUAUCAGUGGUAUCCAAUACAUCCCAUUAUUAGUGCCCACUGCAUUUUGUUUUCAUUUUACACGUAUAUAAUCAAAGUUAAGGACAUUAUUUGGACUUGAACUCCUUGCGUCCUUGCUGAAAAUACAAACCAGGUUUAGAAAAAAAAAAUGUGAAAAUAAGAAUGCACACACACACACACAUAUAUCUUCACCUUCUUAUGUAAACAUAAUGACUUGACAAGUUAACUGAUACAGUAUAUGAAAGUGGGAAUAGAAAUUUAAUCAACAUCUGUACCUCUAGAUUUAAUACCUUGGAGCAUGAAAUGAAAAAAUAAAUGUCCACACAAAUUCAACAGGAAAUCAUUCACAAAGAGGCAUCUGUGAAAUACAGGUUCUAAAUAUUGAACAUAAUUAGCACAUGUUGAUAACUACAUUUUCCCCAAUUUGGUACCACUGUAUUGCCAAUGUUUUUGAUUCAUUGCCUUUUCAGUAGAAAUUUUGAGUGUUUCCAUUAUAUAGAGGAAUCCAAGUAUUUACAAGGUUUCUGUAAUUUUAAACUGAGGAAACAUAUGCUUACAAUAAAUUAUUUUAACUUGAAAUUUUAUGUUCAAACAAGUUGUUGAAUUUAUACAAGGUAGUUUAAAGAAACUUAUUCCCAAUUUCAUCCAAAAUGUAUCAGUCAUUUAGUCUUCUUUAGGAAAAUGCACCAGACUCAAAAUAUAUAAAUAAUUUAAUAUAAUUUUUGGUUUUAAAUCUGUUGUACAGGUAUAUAUGUAAAACAGCCCCAACUGGUACUUCAACAUUAAAUAGAAAUGGGGAGUAUGGAAAUUGUUGGCUCAUGAAAUAGAUAAUAGCCAGAUUUAUAUAUAUAUAUAUAUAUAUAUAUAUAUAUAUAUAUAUAUAUAUAUAUAUAUAUAUAUAUAUAUAUAUAUAUAUAUAUAUAUAUAUAUAUAUGUAUAUAUAUGUAUAUAUAUAUAAAUCACCAUUGCAUUCAUUACUGUCAGUCAAAACCUGAGUUCACAAAGGAACAUGCUAUUGUGUUCAUGGGUGACAGUAUGCCAACAGUGCAGUACAAAAUUAAUAUAUUAGGAUUAUAAAAAACUCUAAUGUAUGUAAUUUGAUUUCCACUUUGACCUUGUUUUCUAGAUUUAUGAUAAUUACAGUGGCAGUGAAGUUAAAAUGUGGAAGUAAAGUAAUUUUAAAAGUGGGAAGUAAAUCUUACAUCCUUCAUUUUUAAAACUAAUCCACUUACCAUAAAAAAAUUAAGAGUUUAUUAUUCAGAACAGGGUAAUAAUGCUUUAUUGUGGUUUUGUACUUAUAUAUUUAUCUGCCUUUAGGUGCACAUGAAUUAGCUGUGAACCACUGAAUUAUUUUGUGUGAAAAUAUUGCUUAUGUUUAACACCACAAUAUCUUGUAUUUGUUGUUUGAUUUAUAUACAUAUUUGGCAUUUAGUAUUAUUUGUGUGAUUUCCUAUUCAUUAACCCUCAUUUCUCCAGGAAUUAAAAUGAGCCUUUCUUUAAUGACUUGUUUGCUUACAAAUGGUUUUCAGAAGGAAAAUGAAUAUUCCUUAACCAUUUCUGGGAUUGUUUGUGAAUAAAAUUGAUAAAACUAUGA